AUGCGGCUUAUGUUGCUGUUGAACCACCUUGUAAAUUCAUUCAAGCCGGAUAUGAAAAUUAUAUCAUUAAAGCUACACGAUGACAUAAAAAAUGUUGCAUGUGCAAAUGUAAACUUCCAAAGUAACCAAUCUUGUGUUCAAAGUAAUAGAGUAAAAGUGUCAAGAAUCAUUAAUUCAAAUGAUAAUAAAACAAAUAGAAUAAAACCUUCUACUGUAGAUGCAAAACAAACGCAAGAUUAUGACAAAACUAAUAAAUUUAACAAGCCAGCUAAACAAACAGAAAUGAAGAAAACAUCUUUUAUUCCACAAACUACUGGAUUAAAACAAACUAAUGCCCCUUUUAAAGUAACAACUUUUAAAAGAGUACCAAUUAAAACAAAGGAUAGUUUAUGCAAGAAACCCUUGAAUAUAAAGAAAACUUUUCCAGGGAAUACUAAGGAGAAAGUUACAAUUAGUAGAACAAGUGACAAGAACAUAGUCCCAUCUUGUACUAUUACAAGUUUAAAUGUUAUCGAGACAAAACUUCAGAAUGUAGUCCAGUCUCAAAAAACAACUCCAACAAAAGUUAAUAAUCAAUUUUCAAAUAAGAAUAAAGAAGACAUAACUACUAAAGAAAACGUAGUAAUUUCCAAUAUUUAUAAAAACCCAGAAAGUGGAUUUACGUCAAAUAAAGAGAUAGAGCGCAAUGAUAAAUCGAAUGAAAGCAUUAAUAAAAUUCUAGAAAGUGAAGCGGAGUCAACGAAUGGUGAUAAGACGUCUAUUACUUUUUUAGAAAAUAACUGCAGUAAAAAGUCAUUUAUCUGUAACACAGGCCCCGAUGACCAAAAAGAACUAACCCAUUAUAACGAAAUAAAUGCUCCUUUACAAAGCCCUAGAGUACUUUCUGCGGAAAAACAAAAAUCUAAUUCUACAGUUCCAUAUUGCUGUGUAUCGUUGAAACAAUUAGAUCACUUUGUAACAAUAUCAAACAAUGAUAAAAUAAUUAAACUCCAAAUAAAUUUAGAAGUCACCAACUGUAAUGUUGCAGUUUCAACUGAACAACGAAACAGUGAUGACAAAAGUCAGCUAUUUAAGAAUAGAACCAAAGAAGAGAAAGAAAUCCAAGUUGAUCUAGAUUUACAGUCAAGUGAAGCUGUCCAAUGUAGCAGUAACUGGAUUCAACAUAAAACGAAAGAACCUAUUUUGGCUGGUGAAAUAGUGAGAAAUAUAAUGAAUGAUGACAGCAAAAUCAUAAUUAUUCAUUGUUCAUGCUGUGAUUGUACUGAUCUACGUUACCUUUUGAAAUCACAAUCACAUAUUAAAUGUAGCACGUAUAAUGAAAAAAUUACCCAUGAUUUGGUUCCAGUAACCAAAGAGGAUAACGAAAGGUGUGAAUGUAAAAAUUUCUUUUUGGAGUCAGAAUGUCCAGAAAAGUUGCCUUCAAAUGAGCCCAUUUCUUGUUCCAAAUUAGAGCCUUCUGUGGAGAAAACUUUAACUGUUACUUCUGUGCAUAAACUAACAUCAUGUUAUUCCGAAUCUGGUACAUGUACUUCUACAGUGAAUCAAGAACAGGGAGACUUCAAUAAAGAAGUUGUAAAAACUAAAUUUUUGGACCUAACGGCAGAAAAUCAAACUUUGAAGGAUUUUGUUAACAGAGAUACACAAACAAGCUGGUGUAAUGUGCUGGUAUUUAAAAAUCUUCAGUAG